AUGACCAUACGUCUGAACAACGCAAGCACCGUGUUCUUCACCCCUGAAGAAAUCAACCGCAUCCGCACCACCGCCACAACCACUCUCCAACAGGCCUCCCAGCUCAGGGGCACGCCCCGCCAGCCUCGCGAUGCCGCAUCCUCGAUACGCGAGGCGACGGCCGCCUCGCUGGUGGCGGACAUGGCCGUCUCCUCCCGCAGCCAGGGCCGGGGCGAGUCCCUCCCCGUCCUCACGGUCGGCCAGCCCUACCCACCUUGUACCACCCCAACUUCGGACCUAGCUCCCAUGGCGCUCGCGGAGUUGCGCGUGGGGACGCAUCACCGCGGCCGCAAGCUGGUGCUGAAGAGGGCGGCUGGGGUCCGGGGCAGGGGGGUGAGCGCGGUCGUGCAGCUCGCGGCGCGGUCGUGGGCUUUGGUGCAGGGCGUGGGCGGUGAGGGGGGCGUGGAGAGGUUGGAGGUGUGUUUGCAUACACAUCAGUACGGCAAAGAUGUGCUCGAGUGCUCGGGAGGAAAGACGUUUGUGGUGAGGGAGCCGUACUUCACGGUUACUGAGCAAGGGGAGGCGACGAUCAGGGUGGAUCACCUUUCCGAUCUGGAGUGGCUGGAUAACGAGGACGAGUCCCCUGGCCAGAUGCUCAAGAACGGGCUUGAGAGUGCAGAAACAGCGGUCCGAGAAGCACGGCGCUGCAAGGAGCGAGGAAACACCGCACUCGCGGCGCGGGAUCCCGCCCUCGCCUGCACACAUUACACCCGCGGCUUGUCACAACUCGCCCAGCGUCAGGCAAAGGGCUCAUCCGACCCCAAUGGCGUCCAGAUGGAGGCACUCACCCGCGACCUCCACCGCAACCGCGCCCACACCGACCUCCUCCUCAACCACCUCGAUGCCGCGAAGAGAGACGCCCUAUCCUCUCUCACCGGGGAUCCAUCCGCAUCAGACCCGGAAUCCUCAGCCUUGAACAGCAAAGCCUACUACCGGGCGGGUUGUGCAGCAUACAAUCUAGGCGGCUACGAUGAAGCAAGGGGAUUUUUCUCGAGGCGGCAACAGCUCACGCCCGAGGUGGGCGACGCCGCGGUCCGGACGACGUACCAGCGCAUCGGCGAGCGAGACACUGGAGUCUACGACUGGCCCAAGAUGAGAGCUUCCGCCGCCCUCUCCCGACUCCGCGAGGUCGACGCGGCGAGUUUUGUGGGCAGAACUGGCGUGGGAGAUAGCCCCGGCCGAGGUCGCGGCUUGUUUGCGACGUGUGACAUACCACGUGGUGGCCUGGUGCUGUGCGAGAAGGCUUUCUGCGUGGCGUGGGGGGACGGCCAGGCGUCCGCGACGGCGGUCACGUACGAUGUGCGCGAUGGCCGGAUCAGGGUUUCACCCGUUGGGCUGGUCAAGGCGGUGGUGCAGAAGCUCCGCGGGACGCCGUCGUAUAUCGGGCGGGUGAUGGAGCUCUACGGGGACUAUCGAGGAAGUGAAGAUGUUCUUGAUCAUGAGGAGGUACACUCAGAAGACGGCAGCCCGGUGGUCGACGUCUUCCGCGUCCACGACAUCGUCUCCCGGAACGCCUUCGGGCUCGGCCCGCCCCCUCGAAACGCUGGGAAACCCGACACUGAGGUUGGUGGGAUGGGUAUGAGUACGGGGCUCUGGGUCCGCGCCGCGCGGAUAAAUCACUCGUGCGUGCCGAACACGGAGAAGGAGUUCAUCGGGGACAUGAUGCUCGUCCGCGCCAAGCGGGCCAUCUCUGCCGGGGAGGAGAUCCUGCACAGCUACAUUGACGAGAAGGGCAGCUACAAGGCGAGGCAGGAAGCGUUGAUGGCGACUUGGGGGUUUGAAUGUGGCUGCGGUCUCUGUGGGAGACAGAAGGGGAGAUAG